AAAAACAUAAAUUAUAAAUUGCCUAAAAUGGAACAAAGUGGAUAAAUAUUGUUAUCAUCGCCACCAUGAAACAAUUCAUUUACAUAAUCGGAACGAUAGUAAUCCCGAUAUUUCACACCAAAGUAUCUCAUACCCACCAUGAAACAAUCCACGACUCCGCCACCAUCUCCGUCGUCGGCGAUGAUUUCACCGACCCAUUAAUACGGCAAGUCAUCUCGACCGGACGAACCACCACUUCACAUAUAGUAACCUUCGAACACCGCUUCAUUCCUUUCAAAACCAAGUUCAGCAAAACGUACGCCACUACAGAGGAGCACGAUUACCAUCUGUCAGUGCUCAGGGUUACAAUUUAUGUUCGUUAGUGCUCUGGACCUGACUGCGGAACACGUGCUUACAAUUUAUGUUCGUAAAUUUUAGAUCCCCCCUCUCUCCUAGAUAUGAAGCGGUGGUGUGGCGUUUUUCAGAAUCCCCUUUGAACAUGACUAAUCGAUCUUGGCCGAAGGUUUUGGGGGUGCUCUAAUUUGUUGUCGAUUAUGACCAACGUUUUUCAGAUUCCAGAGGCCGGUCCACCACCAAUAGGCACUGAGUUUCAUCAAUCAUCCACAUGAAGAAUUAAACAUCAGAAGCCAAAAAAAGAAAAAAAUUAUCUCAUGGAUCAGAAACAAGUGGUGAUCAUUGGAGCUGGAAUUAGUGGUCUUGUAGCAUGUAAAUACUGUAUAUCCAAGGGCCUGAAUCCUAUCGUUUUCGAGUCACAGGCGGAUAUCGGUGGUGUAUGGGGUAAAACCAUAAGAACCACUAGGCUGCAAACAUUCAGAGGGAUGUAUCAGUUUGCAGACUUCCCGUGGCCUUCUACCGUGGCCCACGACUUCCCUACCCAACACCAAGUCCUAAACUAUCUUCGAUCCUACGCCACUCAUUUUGACUUGUUUAAACACAUUCGGUUUGGUUGCCAUGUAAAGGGAAUUGAGUAUCAUGGGCCAUCAUCCUGGUCCAACUGGAAUGGAAUCUGUGGAACCAUUCCUCUAGGGAAAUGGAAAAUCACAGUUGAAGAUAGUCAACCAUCCACAAAGGUGCAUGAAGCAGAUUUUGUUAUUUUGUGUGUUGGAAGAUUCAAAGAUGUUCCAAACACACCGGAGUUUGCUCCAGGAACCGGACCAGAAGUGUUCCGGGGCAAAGUGAUUCAUUCCAUGGAAUAUGCUGCCAUGGAUCAUGAUAAGGCGGAACAACUUGUUAAGGGGAAGAGAGUCGUCGUUGUCGGGUUCCAGAAGCAAGGACUUGAUAUUGCAAUGGAGUGUUCAUCUGUAAAUGGGACGGAGUAUCCAUGUACGGUUGUAUACCGGAAUGAUCGAUGGAAAUUACCCGAUUUCAGUCCAUGGGGAAUUCCGCUACAAUAUUUGUACCUCAAUCGCUUCUCCGAGCUUAUGGUUCAUAAGCCUGGCGAAGGUUUUCUACUAUCUCUGCUGGCCACAAUUCUAUCACCUUUGAGAUGGGGGAUUUCAAAACUCGUCGAAACACACAUCAAAACGAAGCUUCCGCUUGCUAAAUUUAACAUGGUGCCAGAGCGAAGCUUCGCAAAAGAUUUGCGUUCAUGUUUACUAGCAGCAUUGCCCGAGGACUUCUUCAACCGAGUUGAAAGUGGAAGUAUUUUACCAAAGAAAUCUCCUAGUUUCACCUUUUACAACGAUGGCAUCAUGAUAGACGGAGAGAACAAACCCGUACAGGCAGAUAUAGUCAUAUUAGCAACUGGAUUCAGAGGGGUUAAGAAGCUUAAAAGCAUUUUCACAUCAAAAGAUAUCGGUGAACUCAUUGCAGCUUCACCAGAUUCAAGAGUUCCUUUGUACAGAGAAUGCAUUCACCCAAGAAUAACACAGCUAGCAAUAAUUGGAUUCUCAGAGAGUUUUUCAAACCUGUUUACAUCAGAAAUAAGGUGCAGAUGGGUAGUAGAGCUUCUUGAUGGCAAAGUUAAAGUACCGAGCAUCAAAGAGAUGGAGAAGGAUAUCGAAUAUUGGGAUGACUACAUGAAGAGAUCAUCUGGUUCAUACCAUCAGCGGUCAUGCUUAACCGGUUUGGAUAUAUGGUACAACGAUCAACUCUGCAAAGACAUGGGCUGGAACCCGAGGAGGAAAAACGGGUUUUGGGCUGAUCUCUUUCAACCUUAUGGUCCCAUGGACUAUGCCAAUCCUUAGGCAUCUGAUGAAACACAUAGUAACUAACUUGAACGUUAGGCAAAUUCAUGGCUAUUAUAUCAUCUUUGUUCAAGUAACUGAACAUGCUAAUUAAUGUGUUCACUUUGUCAUUUAAUCUUGUCUUCAAAUAAAAUUUUAAUAAUCAGAUUACCCACUA